GAGGGAUUCGUCUUCAGCUAUUCUUUUUCUUUCUAUUCUCUCUCGUAAAUCGAUCUGUGUGUUCUCUCUCUCUCUCUGUCUUCCCUCCCUUCCUCUCUCCGUUCCGUCCAAUCCUCGCUCUCGUUCUUCAAUUCUAAUCAUCAUCGUCAUCUUCUUCAUCAUCCGCGCGACCCUAUUUCUCAAAAUCCACUCCCCCCCGGGGCCCAACUCCACUUCCCUCCUUCCAAUCCACGCCCACUGCGAUUCCACUCGGCGGAACUCGCCGGAUUCAAAACCCUAGCCCCAACCUGAUUCUUCCCUAACCUUCCUCAAUUCUCUCUUCUUAAUUCUAUUCAGGUCUUUUCUUUCGAUUUAUCGGGGUUGAUUGUGGUUUUUCUACCGGUGGGUUUUGCGGAAAGAGGAGGAGGAGGAGGAGGAGGAGGAGGAUUUUGGGGAAUCUGCACGACGUGGAAGAAGCAGUAUGAGCAUAGACAGCCCCGGAGAAAAAAAGGAUUAGGGUUUGUUUGCGUGUGUGUUUCCAGGUAAACGGUACAUUCUGGGGCAUUCCAUGGGCGAUGGGGGUGUUGCAUGCGUGCCAUCACAGCAUAUUAUGGAGAAGUUUUCAAUUUGUAGCAAGACGAAUGGCAACACCAAGCUCAAUUCCUCUUCAAAUUCUACCAUCAACUCAACAAAAGUAAAACCAAAAAUGAAGCCCAAAAAAGAGAGUAGCGAACUGAGCUCAAAGACUUCUGGCAGUUUGAAUUCUGAAGUUGUGGACAAGAAUUGUAAUGGCGAUCCUAGUAAUGAUGACGACAAGGAAGAGGUGGAGGAGGGUGAGCUUGGGACUCUGCCUGUCGAGCAUGGGGAGUUUAUUCCUGACAAACCCUUGAGAAGAUUUGGAAUCAAGAGUGAAAUUGAAAAGGGUGAAUUCAUACCGGACAAGUGGCGAAAGAUUGGCAAUGAAUCAGAGGUAAACGAUUGGAGAUCAACUAAAGAUGAGCUGGAGAAAGGAGAGUUUUUACCUGACAGGUGGUUCAGAAGUGAUCCGGCAAGUAGGGCAACUGAAUUUGAUAGCUCAAAGGUACGGAGGUAUGACUCUGCUAAGGGAAGGCUGGGGCGGAGAAGUGAUCAUGAACGGACUUCCCCUUAUGCAAAGGAAAGGGUGUGGAGAUCUAGCCGUGAAUCUGAAUUGGCACAAACAUCUCGAAGAGAAAAGGGCUGGAAAACUGACCGUGAGUGGUCACCACCUUCUGGUAGAGAGAAGGGGUUUAAAGGUGAUCUUCAGCAUGAAAAGACUUCACCUUCGGCAGGUAAGUAUUCUAACGGGAAAGAACUUGGAAAAAGUUCCGGGAGCAAUCAUAAUCUCAGGAAGCCUUCUUCAAGAUAUGAAUCUGAGAGAACUCAAAAGAUAAACUCCAAAAUUGUUGGGGAAGAAGGUUAUUUAAAGAACGAUUUUUCCAGCAGUAAGAGCCAUGCAAGAGAUUAUUCCUUCAGUAGCCGGAUAAAGCAGCACGGUGUUGAUUCUGAAAGUGGUGAUAGAAAGUAUCAUGUUGAUUAUGAGGAGCACUCUAGUUCCAAAAACCGCAAGCCUUCUGAUGAUGCCUCUCGUUCUGUUUUCACAGCGGAUCAAUAUUCUGGUAGGUCCACUGAGAGACAGUACAAACCUUCUUCUGCUUCAUCUAGGAGCAUUCCCUCAGAAAGGUCUUCUAGAUAUCUGGAGUCAUCUAGGGCAGCACUUGAUAGGCACAAUGGCAGUCCACAUCAUUCUGAUAGGUCCCCGCGCAACCGGGCCCGCAACCAUGAUCAGCGGGCUAGCAGCCCAGCCCGCCACCGUGGUCAUCCAUAUGAUCGAAGCAGGUCUCCUUAUGAGCGGAAACGUCACAAUAGCAGUAGGCACCGAAGUCCUAGUUAUGUGGAACGCUCACCUCGUAGCAGGGAUCGAACCCCAACUUUAUUGGACAGGUCUCCACGUGAUCAUUUGAACAGUGACCACAGGGAAGCAAAUCGAAAAGUUGAAGUUGUUGAGAAGCAGACAAAUUACUAUGGGAGUGAAGAUCAAGAAGGAAAACAGGAUCAUCUGAAGGAUUCGCGGGGAAGGAAAUCACACUUGUCUGCCAAAGAAUUGUCAGAUGGAGGAAGCACGGAUGAUAAAAUUUUGACUGAUAAAACUUCUACCAACCUGUGCCAUCAUGGUGAGUUAUCACAUAUUUCUCAACCUAAAAGUACAGAAUUUUCUCAGGGAAAUGGUGUUGCUGAAGAGCCAUCAUCCAUGGAAGAAGACAUGGACAUUUGCAACACACCACCACAUGUUUCUCAGGGGGCAGAUGCUGUUGCUGGUAAGUGGUAUUACCUGGACCACAUUGGUGUCGAGCGCGGACCUUCUACAUUGUCAGAUCUUAAGACACUUGUCAAGGAGGGAUAUCUUGUGUCUGAUCACUUGAUUAAACACUCGGAUAGUGACAGAUGGAUAACUGUGGAAAAAGCAGUUUCUCCAUUAGUAAAUACAAACUUCCAUUCAAUUCUUCCCGACUCAGUUCUAGGACUUGCAUGCCUUCCUGAGGCUCCUGGUAAUAUAUUGGCAGAUAGCAGAAUCGAUGUAUCUAGUAAUGAGGAAAUGGAAGCCUCUUCUUUACAUCCCAUACCCUGUUCUGAUGAUGCUUCAGCUGAUUCCAAUUCUGAAGAUCUUCAUAUUGAUGAUCGAGUUAGAGCACUCUUAGAGGGUGUGACACUUACUCCAGGCAGUGAAGCUGAAAUGCUUUCUGAGGUGCUGCAACUGAGAGUUGAGCAAGGGGAAUUGGAGCCAUGGGGAAAAAUUGGAGCAGGUCAUAUGAGGUGUGAGGAGAACAUGGACAAGCAUUUUGAAGAUACAGGUGCUAAGGAAUGGUCCACUGUUUCUGAAUUUACUGAGACUGCAGAAAAAAGGGCCACAGUGCCUGCCUCCCUUGAGAAGGAUAAUGCACUCAUUUGUAGCGAGAUUGGUGAAAUGUAUUCUAGUCUAUGGGCUUGUAAGGGAUGUGACUGGAAGAGGAAUGAUGAUGCUACUCAGGAUAGGACUUGGAAGAGGAAGCUGGUUCUCAAUGAUGGCUAUCCACUGUGUCAGAUGCCCAAGUCUGGUUGUGAAGACCCCAGGUGGGAGGAAAAGGACGAAUUGUACUUUCCUUCGCAGAGCAGGAGGCUUGACCUGCCACUGUGGGCUUUUACGUCUCCUGAUGAGUUAAAUGAUUCCUCUAGUGUGAGCCGUGCAGCCCAAGCUAAAUCUGGUCUUGCAAGGGGAAUUAGAGGAGCUAUGCUAUCAGUGGUUAGGAUAAAUGCAUGUGUGGUAAAGGACCAUGGUUCAUUCGUGUCUGAAGCUCGUACAAAAGUUCGAGGAAAAGAAAGAUUGUCUUCAAGGUCUGUACGGGUGUAUUCUACAACUGGGGAUACAAGAUGGUCCUCAAGAGAUGGUAAUCGGGAAAUUGCUCAUGAACGGGAUUCACAGAAUUUGAGGAAGAAGGAUGCAUCACUUGAUAUACCUAAGGACCAUCUUUGCAAAGUAGAUGAGUUAAAAUUGCAUUUGGGAGAUUGGUAUUUCCUUGAUGGUACUGGCCAUGAACGUGGGCCCCAAUCCUUUUCAGAGUUGCAAAUAAUGGCUGAUCAUGGUAUCAUUCUAAAGAACACCAGUGUUUUCAGGAAACAAGAUAAUAUAUGGGUUCCGCUUAGUGUUCUCUCUGACCGUAGUGGAAUAUCCGAGCAUGAUAACAAUUUAACCGAAGCAUGUGGUAGUGGAUUGAGAGAAAGCCAGAGAACUUCCACUACUUUGCACAAUUUACACCCACAGGUUGUUGGAUAUACUCGGGGGAAGCUUCAUGAAUUGGUGAUGAAGUCUUACAAGAGUCGGGAGUUUGCUGCUGCCAUAAAUGAAGUUCUGGAUCCUUGGAUCAAUUCCAGACAACAAAAGAAAGAAAUUGAAAAACACAUCUACCAUUCAGAUUACUUGCACCCCAGAAAACGGGCUAGAUUGACUGAGAUUGAGGAGUAUGAUGUGGAGGAAGAUAUGCAAACUAUUGAGAAUGAAAUGUGUGCAUUUGAUGACUUGCGUGGUGAUGCUACCUUCAGAAGAUUAGAUGAUGUGGAUCCAAAAGAUGUGGGGGGUGUCUGGGAUCUGCUGGAUGGGCAUGUUUUGGCACGGGUAUUUCACUUUCUUAGAGCAGAUUUAAAGUCACUCUUUUUUGCUGGCUUGACUUGCAAGCACUGGCGAUCUGUUAUGAAGUUCUAUAAAGAUAUUACCAGACAGAUUAACUUUUGUGCUCUUGCUCCAAAGUGCUCAGAUUCUGUAAUCUUGAAAAUAAUGGGUGAUUACAAGGAAGAAAAGAUUACUUCCUUGCUAUUGCGUGGCUGUACUGGCAUUACGUCUGGCAUGCUUGAGGAGAUUCUUCGGUCAUUUCCAUUUUUGUCGACUAUAGAUGUUAGAGGUUGCACCCAAUUUGAAGAUUUGGUUCAGAAAUUUCCUAAUAUUCAAUGGGUACAAUCUCGGGGACCUCAUUUAAAAAUCCGGAGCCUGAACCACUUAGUUGAUGGUUCAUCAGCUUCUAACCAGACGGAAGACUCCAGCGGGCUAAAAGAAUAUCUAGAGAGUUCGGAUAAGAGGGACUCUGCAAAUCAAUUAUUUCGUAGGAGCUUGUAUAAACGAUCUAAGCUCUUUGAUGCUCGAAAGUCUUCUUCCAUUCUAUCCAGAGAUGCUCAACUGAGGCGUUUAGCUAUUAAAAAAAUUGGAAGUGGGUAUAAGAGAAUGGAGGAAUAUAUUGCUAAAGGUCUACAAGAUAUCAUGAGCAAGAACACAUUUGAGUUCUUUGGGCCCAAGGUUGCUGCGAUUGAGGAAAGAAUGAGAAAUGGGUACUACGCAAGACGUGGCUUGAACACUGUGAAAGAGGAUAUCAGUCGAAUGUGCCGUGAAGCUAUUAAACAUAAGAAUCGGGGUGAUGCAAGAGACAUGAAUCGGAUCGUUGCAUUGUUCAUCCAUUUGGCUACAUGUUUGGAUAAAGGUUCAAAGUUAACUUAUUCUAGAGAUGGGAUGAUGAAAUCCUGGAAGGAUGAAUCUCCGCCAGGCUUUUCAUCAGCUUCCUCCAAGUACAAGAAGAAUCUGAACAAAUUAUCUGAAAGGAAACACUCUGGGUCACUUAUAAAUGGAAUUUUUCAUUCUGGAGAUUAUGCUUCUGAUCGGGAAAUCAGAAGGCGACUAUCGAAAUUAAACAGUAAGUAUUUGGAGUCAGGAAGUGACACAUCCGAUGAUUUCGAGAAAUCUUCUGGUGCAAGCAUGGGGGACAGUGCCAGUACUGCCUCUGAUACUGAAAGUGAUUUGGAGUCUCCAUCAGAUGGUGCUGGCAGUGAGUCGAGAGGAGAAUCCUACUUCAUACAUGAUGAUGGAUUUGAUUCCUUUUCUGAUGAUCGUGAAUGGGGUGCUCGAAUGACAAAAGCAAGCCUUGUUCCACCUGUCACUAGAAAGUAUGAAGUUAUUGAUCACUAUGUUAUAGUCACAGAUGAAGAAGAAGUGCGAAGAAAAAUGCUAGUUUCAUUACCUGAGGAUUAUGAUGAGAAGCUCAAUGCCCAAAGAAAUGGAACUGAGGAAUCUGAUAUGGAAAUUCCGGAGGUGAAGGAUUAUAAACCCAGGAAGUCCCUGGGAGAUGAGGUGAUUGAACAAGAGGUUUAUGGCAUAGAUCCUUAUACUCACAAUCUUCUUCUCGAUUCAAUGCCAGAGGAAUCGGGGUGGUCACUUCUUGAGAAACAUAUAUUCAUUGAGGAAGUUAUGCUUCGUACUCUGAAUAAGAAAGUCAGACAUUUUACUGGUUCUGGAAACACACCAAUGAUGUAUCCAUUGAAGCCUGUAUUUGAAGAGAUAUUUAAUAGUGCAAAGGAAAAUAAUGAUCAAAGAACCAUGGGGCUAUGCCAGUCUAUAAUAAGAGCCAUUGAUAGUCGUCCUGUGGACAAUUAUGUUGCUUAUAGAAAGGGGCUCGGAGUUGUUUGCAACAAGGAAGGAGGUUUCGGUGAAGAUGAUUUUGUUGUUGAAUUUCUGGGAGAGGUGUAUCCUACUUGGAAAUGGUUUGAGAAGCAAGAUGGCAUCAGGGCUUUGCAAAAGAACAAUAAUGAUCCAGUUCCAGAGUUCUACAAUAUUUAUCUUGAAAGGCCCAAGGGUGAUGCUGAUGGGUAUGAUCUAGUUGUUGUUGAUGCAAUGCACAAGGCAAACUAUGCAAGUCGUAUUUGCCACUCCUGUAGGCCUAACUGUGAAGCAAAGGUCACUGCUGUUGAUGGACAAUACCAGAUUGGUAUCUAUGCUGUAAGGCCUAUUGCAUUUGGUGAAGAGAUCACUUUUGACUACAAUUCUGUUACGGAGAGCAAGGAAGAGUACGAAGCUUCUGUUUGUUUGUGUGGGAAUCAAGUUUGCCGUGGAAGUUUUCUAAAUUUAACCGGUGAAGGGGCCUUCCAGAAGGUGCUUAAAGAGCAUCAUGGAUUACUUGAUCGGCAUCUUUUGCUGCUAGAGGCCUGUGAACUGAAUUCAGUAACUGAAGAAGAUUAUAUUGAUCUGGGCAAAGCUGGACUUGGGAGUUGUUUGCUUGGAGGGCUGCCUGAUUGGCUAAUUGCCUAUUCAGCUCGUUUGGUGAGGUUCAUAAAUUUUGAGAGGACGAAACUCCCCGAUGAGAUACUUAGGCAUAAUAUAGAGGAAAAGAAGAAAUACUUUGCUGAAAUACACCUGGAGGUUGAAAAGAGUGAUGCUGAAAUUCAGGCUGAGGGUGUUUACAAUCAGAGACUUCAGAAUUUGGCUCUUACUAUUGACAAGGUUAAAUAUGUAUUGAGAUGUGUUUUUGGCGACCCAAAAAAUGCUCCACCACCACUUGAAAGGCUUAGCCCUAAUGAAGCUGUUUCUUAUCUGUGGAAAGGAGAGGGUUCAUUGGUUGAGGAGCUUAUCCAGUGUAUGGCUCCUCAUAUGGAAGAUGGUGUAUUGAGGGACCUAAAAGCCAACAUUUGCUUGCAUGAUCCUUCUGGCUCUGAUGAUACAGAGGCAAAGCUUCGGAAAUCUUUACUAUGGUUGAGAGAUGAGGUGCGGAACCUGGCAUGUACAUAUAAAAGUAGGCAUGAUGCUACUGCUGAUUUGAUACAUUUGUAUGCUUACACAAAAUGUUUCUUCAGAAUACGAGAUUACAAGAGGAUAACUUCUCCACCUGUUUACAUUACUCCACUGGACCUUGGUCCAAAAUAUGCAGAGAAGUUGGGUUCAAGUGUUCAUGAAUAUUGCAAGACCUACGGUGAGAGAUAUUGUCUGGGGCAGCUGAUGUUUUGGCAUAGCCAAAAUGCUGAACCCGAUUGUAUGUUGGCCAAAGCAAGUAGGGGUUGCUUGUCCCUGCCCGAUGUGGGUUCCUUCUAUGCCAAAGUCCAGAAGCCAUCACGCCAACGAGUUUAUGGUCCAAGGACGGUGAAGUUUAUGCUUUCCAGAAUGGAGAAGCAACCCCAGCGAGCAUGGCCAAAGGAUCGGAUAUGGUCAUUCAAGAACUGGCCAAAACUUGUUGGCUCACCCAUGCUGGAUGCGGUAUUAAACAAUGGCCCCAUGAACAGGGAGAUGAUUCAUUGGCUAAAGCACAGGCCUCCUAUCUACCACGCAAUGUGGGAUAGAUAGGUGAAUUUUUGCAGGCAGGCAUAUUUAGGGAAAAGGUGGGCCUUCAUAGGAUGGAUUGAUUGAUUAUAUAUGAUGAUGAUGAUGAUGUUAUAGAUGGUGGCUGUUGGGGUUGCAGCUCAUUCAAGGAAAGGAGACGAGAGGAGAGGAGCCAGUAAAAAUCUGUAAUCUUUUGUUUGCUCUGUUAUUCUUGUGUACAGUUAGUUACAUUUGUUUGUCAGUCUUUUUGUCAUUCUUUUUUAGAUUAUGUGUUUAUCUCAUCAUCUAUCUGUAUUCAUUCUUGGCUUA